AAAAAGAGAAAGAACAUGUGGCUGGGUUUAGUCCCGAAUGCUUUUAUGUAGAAAGAAUUGGAGCAAAAAAAAUGGAAACCCCACUAGUUUUACGACCCACCAGUGAAGUAAUGUUUUACGAUUGGUAUCGGCAGAUUCCCCAUAGUUAUCGGCAAUUGCCUCUCUUGUAUAAUCAAUGGUGGCAUACGCUCCACUCUAAUGCCCAAGAGGCCCGUCAAUUUACCUUAAAUAUUUUGUCCGAUUAUCAAGAUUACGCCGAAAAUAUACUUUGUUUGGGAGUAAUAGUCGGACAAAAAACGACCGGGGAAAAAUUUGCCGGAGCCCUUGAAACCUACACAGUGGAAUGCUUAUUGCCGGACGGCCAGUGCUUACAAUUAGCCACCAGUCACUAUUUCGGAGAUAAUUUUUGCACUUCUACCCGAGCCAUUGGUGCUCUGGUUAAAGCCCAUGCCGACCAGUGGGGUCUAAUUUUGCCUUUUGAAAUUGCUCCCGUUCAAAUUGCGUUUAUUCUUAUCGGGGAAAGCCCAGAAUUAAUUAAUUACUAUCAAGAGAUUUAUGGUUUAUUAAGUCGUCAUUAUCGUUGUCAGUUGUAUAAUAAAAAUAAACAAGUUAAUACCAACGUGCUCCAAGCCUACCAAGAGGGUUGUCCGUUCAAAAUGAUUAUCGGCAAACAGGAAUUAGAACAUCAAGAAAUUACUUUGGUAAGGAGAGAUAAUGUGGAAAGGAAAAUUACUAUUAAUUUAGAAAGUAACGAAGCCGAGAAAUAUGUUUCCGCUUUUGAAAAAUACGUGGAGGAAUUAGGCGAAAUUAACCAAGAAGUUAAAAAAGAGUCAACCAAAAAAAAAAUGGUUGAUUCAAUUAGAAACGGUGAAAGAGCAGGAAGAAUUUUUUCGGUUAUCAGCCAAGAAAUUCAAGAAUUACAAAAAAAUCUCUAUCAAAAAAGUGUGGAGUUUCGCAACAAACACAUUUUUUCAGUCGCUAAUUUGGCCGAAUUAGAGAAAAAAAUAAAAGAUGGAAGUAAGGGUUUAUUUUUGGUCCCUUUUUGUAAUAAUUUAGAUUGUGAAUUGAAAAUUAAGGAAAAGGUACCCUCUUAUAGUAUUCGUUGUAUUGCGGGAGAGGAGAGAAUAAUUGCACCGCAAAAAUGUCUUUUUUGCCAGUCGGCAGCCCAAAAUAGA